UGACUUGUCACCUGCAAAAAUGUGGCACCACGAUGAUAUGAGAGAUGGAUUUUUAUGUGAGUUACAAUGCUAACAACAAAUUGAAUUCAAGUUCAAUCUUGCACCACUACACCUAUCCGUCAUUCUAUUCUCUACCUCUGCAACUAGCAUUCGACGCCAACAACAACGACAGCGAUCACAAUCUGCAGCAGCCCCACCAAUAUCUCCUCUUCAAUAUCUUUGUUAGCAUCCACUUCUUCAUCUUCAUCCAUAUAAUUCCUGAGAAUCUCAAUAACUUACUUUUACAAGAAACUGAAGGCGAUCUCUUGCAACAGCCAGAGAGGCUUGAAACUAUGUUCUGCUGCCUAUGGGCAGCUCAGAACUGGUCAGGGAGUCAACUACAUCACCGUGCUGGCAUUCGCGCCUUUAAUCCAACGUUAUCGUCUGCAGCUCACGGCUGUUGA